AAGAGGUUUAGACCCAUUUUCGUCUUUCACGACCGACCCAGUAGCCAAGCUUCAGUCUCAUGGCUUCUACUCCGAGCACGAACCAGACCAUCCAUGGCGAUAACAAUACCGACGUCUCCUACUUUCAGAAAACAGUAUGUUUGAACGAUUGGUGGCUGAUUAAAGCCGAAAACGAGAUCCAAGGAAAGUGGCUAGCCGUCGCCGGUGUAUCUUCUAGAAAGGAAGGUGCCAGGCGAGUGUUCUCCUCUGCACCAAUAGCCAAAAGAUUCGAUGUUUUCACUCUCGAGACGGUGGAUGGCAUAUGUGUAGCCAUCAAAGGGUUCAUAAACAAGCAGAAGACUACUGAAAAUGGGUUUCCAUCUGAGGUUUUCAGUCAUUUUCUGUUUGGCUUUCCUCCUUACUGGGAACAAUGGGUUGCAAAGUUCUUUGGUGGAGACUCUACCACUACUUGUGCGGUUUCUGGAAGUAUUUCUGAUUCAGACAAGUUAGCUACUCAGCCAGGAAGCAUAAAAAGUUCUAUUCCGUCUUCCUUGCAUUUUGAUCAAGAAGAAACUCCAGUUGAGCAGGUCUCUUGUGAAGAUAGGCAUGAUGUUGAAGUCCCAAAACAGUUUUCUUCUGAGCUGCCUACGAAUGUCGCUGUUGAUGACUUCCCUAAACAUGCUGCUGAGGAGGAAACAGGCAGAGCAAAUAUUGGAGCAAGUGAUGUUCAGUGUAUUGGUAAACCAAUGCAUCUGGUAACCAAUCAGAAGAAACCGGUAUCCAGAUGCUUUAUGAAGCAUAAAAGUACAAAUUCUAGUCCUGCAUCAGAGGCCUCUGAGAGCCUUGGUGGAGUAUCAGGUGCAACCACUCAGUCUGGGGGGAAAGUGGACAUAUCAGAGGAAUAUCCAAGCUAUUCUGCAGGCAGAGUGACCAGAAGUUUGUCAAGAAAUUUAAGUAGAAAAGGGAAAAAGAAGAAAAUGGUGGGAUGUGGCUUGAACUCUGAGAAAAAUACAGUGGAUUCUGUUCCAGCGGUGUUCAAAACUUUGAGCAAAAGUUUACAAAAUGAUAAUUGUAAAGUAGGAGGGAAAAGUAUGUCCCAUCCUUCAGAUUUUGAGUUUCAAGAACCAAAUUAUUUGAAAGUAAUAAAAAAACUUGAUUUUGGGUGUCUAGAAGAUGAUUUGCAGCAUACUCACAAUGCAAAACAGGGACAGAAUUGUGGAAAUAUUACAACUCAAGUAGGAGGAGAAAGUGAUGGUAAAGAAGAAAACACAUUCAGGAAAAGAACUAAGACAAACACUACCUUUUAUACAAAGGAAAAUCCCACUCUGGAGGUGAACAAGAAAGUGUCUAUUGCUUCUCCUGAAUCUUUGAAUAUGAGACGGUCCAGAAGCGGGAGACUACUUCUACCGACCAUGGAAUUCUGGCGCAAUCAAUUGGCAAUCUAUGACUCGGAUCGUAAGGUUACUGGAAUUCAGGGAGGCCUACCUGUAGUAACAACAUCAAGAGGCAGUAGCUCUGGGUCUCAGAAACGCAACAGACGAUAGAGGUUGAGUUUCUGGCAGAGCUUUAGACUUGUUUCAUACCUCUUACUUGCACACAGGUAACAGCUUGGAAAUAAAGUGAAGAAGCAUAUGGCAAUAAUUUUGUACAGAUUCUACCGCAGAUGAGAGAAAGAGGAUGAGAACUCAUGUCAAGCUGACCUCUACUCAAUUAUAACAAAAUUUUCAAGCUGCAGUAGUAUGUAUAGAAGACAUAGAGCUUGGGCUCUUCCCGUCAGAAUCGGCGAUGUGUCUAUUUUUGUUCAUGCUAAUCCUUUUAGCUUAUCCAAGUUCGAAUGUAGCAUUGAAUCCAACUUUACUCUUGGAGCAUCUAGGUGGUAGUUUUUGCUUAUUUCGGAUGUGUUAUUUUGCUUUUGGUGAUACUGGCUCAACAUGUUAGGCCAUCUCCAAUCAUAGACCUAAAUAUAGUUCAGGCUAUAAUUUUAGCAC